UAUUUUUUUUUCUUCUUUUCUUUUUCAUUGUUAAUAAUUUCCGUACAUUCAAUCUUGGAACCCUAGUCUUACAAAUCAAGAUGAAUUGAGCUGUGAGAGCCUUAAAUGUUUCGCUUCUGAUUUCUGGGGUUUUGAUUCCUUGGGCUUAGGGUUUUGUCCUUGAGCCUGAAUUGAGAAGCAUUUUUCUCGUUUGUAUAGAAGUGUUAGAUUGUAAAAAAUGGGGGCUUUAUUGUGAAUUUGUACAGGGUUAGGUUAAAUUUUUAGCAUUCUUUUGUAGAGUGUUAGAUUCUCUCUGUUCUUCAACAUUUCACUGUCAGAAAUGUCGUCGGCUGGUGUUGCUGUUGUUUCGGUUCGAAAUGAACCCAUGGUUCCUCCUGAUCACAUGAAUCCCCAAUUGGGUCUGUGUGAAAACGAAUCAAUUUGGAUAUUUUUGGCCCUUUCUGGAUCGAUGAUACCUAUGCGGGUUCUGGAAUCGGAUUCUAUUGAAUCCGUGAAGCUACAGAUUCAAACAUGUAAAGGUUUUGUUGUGAAGAAUCAGAGGUUGGUUUGUGGAGGCCGGGAGCUGGCACGGAGCAAUUCCCUUAUUCGUGACUAUGGAGUCAACGAUGGGAAUGUCCUGCACUUGGUUCUUAGGCUUUCUGAUCUUCAGGUCAUCAAUGUUAAGACUACUUCUGGGAAAGAAUUCACAUUUCAUGUUGGACGAGGGCGAGACGUAGGUUAUGUGAAGCAACAGAUUGCUAAGAGAGAGAAGCAGUUUACUGAACUUGAUGAGCAAGAAGUCCUUUGUGAUGGGAAGAUUUUAGAGGAUCAGAAGCUUAUUGAUGAUAUAUGUAAGCACAAUGAUGCUGUAUUGCAUUUAUUGGUCAGAAAAUCUGCCAAAGUUAGGGGAAAGCCUGUUGCUAAGAAUUUCGAGUUGUCUAUUGUGGCACCAGAAUUGAAAGACAAGCGACAUUGUGAUGCUGGUGAGAAGAACAAUAGAAGACAAUAUGAUGUCUGUUGUGAGGAGAAUUAUAGUAGAGGAUAUGAAGUUGAUAGAGAGGUUGUACCUAGAAAGCCUCCUGACAGGGAUUUUUCAUUGGAGCCAGUUAUUGUUAAUCCCAAGGUUGAAUUGCCUGCGGUGAUUGUGGAUAUGAUUAAUUCCACAUUUGAUGGAUUAAAUGGCGGAAGAAUUCCAAUCAGGUCUGUUGAGGGUACUGGAGGAGCCUAUUUCAUGCAGGAUUCAUCAGGCCAAAAAUUUGUUGCUGUUUUUAAGCCAAUUGACGAGGAGCCUUUAGCUGUUAACAACCCUCGAAAACUACCAGUGUCAUCAGAUAAUGAAGGGUUGAAGAAGGGCACAACAGUUGGAGAAGGAGCAUUCAGGGAAGUUGCAGCUUAUAUUUUGGAUCAUCCUAAGAAUGAGUGGCGCACCUUAUAUGGUGAUGAGAAGGGUUUUGCUGGGGUGCCUCCUACUGCUAUGAUCAAGUGUUUGCAUAGUGGGUUUAACAAUCCUGAUGAUAUAGCAAAGGUCAAGAUUGGGUCAUUGCAGAUGUUUGUGGAGAACAGCGGAAGUUGUGAGGAUUUGGGUCCUGGGUCUUUCCCAGUUGAGCAAGUACAUAAAAUCUCUGUGUUGGAUAUAAGAUUGGCUAAUGCAGACAGGCAUGCUGGGAAUAUUUUAAUGAGCAAAGAUGAAGAUGGGCAGACAUUGCUGAUUCCAAUCGACCAUGGCUAUUGCUUGCCUGAAAGUUUUGAAGAUUGCACAUAUGACUGGCUGUAUUGGCCUCAAGCUCGUCAACCUUACUCCCCCGAGACAAUUGACUACAUAAAAUCACUGGAUGCUGAAGAAGAUAUUUCCCUUUUGAAAUUCCAUGGAUGGGAUAUGCCACCUAAAUGUGCACGCACGCUCCGGAUCUCCACCAUGCUUCUUAAAAAGGGUGCAGAGAGAGGGCUCACUCCCUUUGCCAUUGGAAGUAUAAUGUGCAGAGAGAAUUUGAACGAGGAAUCUGUGAUUGAGGAAAUUGUCCAAGAGGCACAGGAUUCUGUGCUUCCUGGCAUAAGUGAAGCUGCAUUUCUCGAAACUCUAUCUCAAAUCAUGGAUCGCCGUCUGGAUGAGAUUGCUGAAUCAUUCUGAUGGUGGAAGUGCUGAACAGCUGUAGAGAAUGGUGGUUAAUACUAGUUGAUAGUUGUGCAGUUGUACAUGCCUUGUCAUACUUGUGCAUCCGUUGCUAGAUCAUGGGACCUCAAAUGGUUCGGCAGACUGGUUAUGAAAGCUCAAUGAUUUACUCUUAGCGACACUUUCAUGUGAUUCUCUAUUCUUUAUGGUACUUAACAAAAUGCCUCUUAAUUUGAGGUCUUGUUGCAUUCAUUUCAAUUGAUUUGUCAGGAUAUUUUAAUUGGUCUUUUGAAAUUUCAAUUGAAGACUUGGGUUUGUAUUUAUUUCA